AAGAAGGCAGCGCCGCGUUUGAUAAGCAGCCGGAGUCGGCUGGUGGGGGCGUUAGUCUGCAUGCGAGGAGUUAGGGAGACUCAGUCACAAAAUCAAAAUAAAGCGUCGUGCGGAGUGAUUUCUCGACUAAGCCAACUAGAAGCCUCGAUUGCCUUAUAUGUGUUCACAAGUUUCCCUGCGUCUUUAUGUUCCUCUCCUCGGGUUUAGUUCUAUUUAACGCAAUCGCACCAGAAUGAUACAAGUCUUGGACCCAAGGCCUCUAUCCAGUUCCAUCAUGCCUGUAGAUGUGGCCAUGAGAAUAUGCCUUGCUCGUUCACCACCUGUGAAGAGUUUUCUCACCCCACUCAAUGAAUAUCAAAGAAGAAACUUUGUGGAUCGAUUUAAGCCUCUCAGACCAUGCCUCAAUGUGAAACGCGAAACUGAAUCUCAAAACAGUGACUGGAAGUGCUCUGCCAGCCGAGCCAAGAAGAGAGUCGUCUUUGCAGACUCGAAAGGCCUCUCUUUGACAGCCAUUCAUGUCUUCUCUGAAUUCCAGGAGAAUCCAGCAUGGGAUCUGCAGUUUGACUUGUUGGACCUCGAAGACAUAACAACUGGCCUAAAACUGCAUGAGGAAAAGAACUUGAUUCUUGGUUUCACUCCACCUUCAGCUGACUACUUAGACUUCCGGAACCACUUGCAGAAAAACUUUGUCUGCUUGGAAAACUGCACCCUCCAAGAACGGGCUGUGUCAGGAACUGUAAAAGUGAAAAACAUGAGUUUUGAGAAGAAGGUACGAGUUCGGAUCACCUAUGACUCGUGGAAAACCAAUUCAGAUGUUGACUGCAUCUACAUGAAUAAUGUGUAUGGAGACUCUGACAAUGAUACCUUCUCCUUUGCCAUUGACUUUCCUCCAGCCAUUCCUACUGAAGAAAAGAUUGAGUUUUGUAUAUUUUACCAAAGUGGUGAGCAGAUCUUCUGGGACAAUAAUGAUGGGCAGAAUUACAAGAUUGUCCAUGCAGAAUGGAAGUCAGAUGGGGUUCAAGCACCAGCAUCACCCAGGAAAGAGUACCAAGUUCUCAAAUCUUCAAGAAAAGCACCUGAAAUGGGCUGUGAGCAGCUUGGCAGUCCUCGGAUAUCUAGUGGCGUGUUUCCCGAAUGGCAAAGUUGGGGCAGGAUUGAAAGCUCCUCUCCAUAUUGGUGAAUGAAAUAAACUAUAGAGGCAUCUGUGGUUAGCAGUUGAACAUUGCUGAUCACCUUCUCAAUAUGUAGGACAAACAAACCUGGAAGGGUUUGCUGACUUAAACAAACAAAACCCAAACCCACAUCUGCUAACCAUACGUUAAAAAAUGAAACCUACCAGCUAUAAACUGAAAGACAAAACAUAUAUGCAAUGAGACUGUUGCCCAAUGUAGAUAUGGCAUGUGUGGCCAAUGAUGAUACAUGGCAUUGUUUCUUUUGUUCAUCUGCCUUAACUGGGUUGGGAUGGAGACAGAGAGACUUCUUAGGAAGAAAUUCUAUGUGUGGUGGCUUUUUUGGAAGCUGUGUUUGUGUGGGGGAUGUUGAGAAGAGAACCUCAAAGCUGUGCCUGCUAUAAGUAUAUACUGGGGACAAAGAGAGGCUGGACUGCCAAAUUUGAGGCUAGACAAAGUGAUAGACAAUUAAGUGUUUAGGACUGUGGUACCCAAUUAUCUCUUUCAGCAGGAACAAAGCAAGGAGAGGGAGAAAGGGGGGAAGAGUUAUAAAGCACUGUAUUAUAGGGAAAAGUAAAGUUGGGAGAAAUCUGCCCUUUAAAAUCCCAUGAGAAGUUCUUCAGGGAUUUGUGAAGAGCAAUAAGAAAACAAAUACUUAAUUUCCAGAAAAUGGAGGGAUUAAAAUAAGGUCGCAACCUUUGUAUCCCAAAGGAGACGUUGUGCCUUUAAGAGCUGCAUUGCAGGUAAAACCUGAACAGGUGCAGUUCCCUCCAUCACUGAGUUGCUGCAUUGGGGAAAGCUGCACAUGUUGAAGUUCUGCCUAUCAAACAGGCUCAGGUGUGUAUAUAAGUGUGUGUCUGAAGAAAGCAAGAGGAAAGAGGCAACCAGAGAGAGAGUGAGGGGGGGUGGGGAGCUGAGAACUAUGUAUAUGUGUAUAAAUAGGCCCCUGCAUAGUUGUGUGUUUGGUUUCAGGAAUCUGUCUUGCAACUUGCUGUACAAUAGGCUGAUUCUGCUUUCAUGAAACACUUGUGCAACCACACUUCACUGGUAGAUUUCUAUCCCAUGUACACAAAGACUAACCAUUACACAAAAUCCUGUCAGCGUCCCAAGAUUACACUUAAUUUUUGUGUCAAGAGAGGGACUGAGUGACUCUUGUGAAAUGCCUUAAUUUGUUGAUGUUGGUCUACUGAUCUUGCCUUGUAAAAGUGUCUCUAUUCUAUCUACCUUGUUGCAGAAUCUAGUAAUAUUUUCCCUCUAACAAUAGCUCUUCACAACAGUGAAAUAAACCUAAGCAAUAAAAGUCCUUCAUAUUGAAGGGGUGGUAUGUAGCUGCACUUCUCAAGCUAAUCAGUUAAAAAUGACAAGAGUAUGCAUCUUGCACAUAAUAUUUUUAUUCACUUUCUCAUACCUCAUUUUUCUUCUGUAGCAUUUACAGAUGCAGAAAGCUUUGUGUGCGUUUGUCACUUUAUAACUGUAGUGUUAAUCUUCUCCAGGUGUAUCUCAUUUUGUAAAUAAGUGUGACUAAUUGACACUGACUGUAUAGGACAAAGCCAAUCAAGAAGCGAAUGCACACAAACCCGUGUUCAUUUGUCUGUUUUGUAGUGGUCGUGAUGUCUAUGGAACAUGCAAAUGACAACAUUUUAAUGUUUGUCACACCAAAACUGAGAUGGGAUUUGCCUUGUAAAAAGGGGGAAAGCCUCUUCCACUUUUUCUACUGUAUUGCACAACUGUGUAAGCAAUUCACUUUAAAAAUAAAUGUGUGUUUUGAUAA